UCUGCGAGUGGAGGAGCUGAAUUUACGCAUACACCGGUAAUCCUUUGAUGAUAAACCAUGUCAUGAUUUAUGAAGUACUGGAGGGGACGUGGCUAAACACUGACCGCUUUGUGGAGCUGACCGUGUUACACUACGUUAUCCUGUCAGGAGACUGGUCAGAAGUUGGUCGAGCAGGAGGAAUGCCAAACUGCUGAUUGAAGAGGGAGGGGCUGUGGAGCUGUGCGAUAGCUACGAUUUAACAACCAUUUCGUCAAAAUAAAGUGAGAACCAAGAGCUUAGCUGUAAAACAAAUUAAUUAAAAAAAUAAUAAAAUAAAAUGACCAGCUGGAAAAAUCACGUGUGCGCUCGACUGCAACAGAGGGACCACAAAGAGAAGAUCCCCUUCGUUGGAGUUUUCACAAGCCUGUCUCAGCUGGAGGAACGCUUUGAAAUUCGCAAACAGAUCUUGGGUGAUGUUAAAUCUAAGAGUUUUGAACAAGGUGGAAACACCAGACUCCUCCAACUCCAGCUGAAAGAGAGUGAACACCUGUCAGAAAAGUUGACCCAGACUGUCUCUGACCUGACCACCGUCCUCUGUCUGAAAGAAGCUGAGCUGCAGUACUUGCAUUCACGUGUGUCCCAGUACCGUCAAGAGGCACUUACUCUGGCUAAAGGGAGAAACACAUUGAAGGCAAGCCUGUCAGAAUUUGAGUUCGCCAUAGAGUGUCAGUCCAAGGAGUUGGCAGCCCUGCUUUUGGAGCGGAAAAGACUUAAGGAGUCACUGGAACGGGCCGAGAGAGAGAAAGAGCGACUUCUGCAGCGGUGGAUGGAGGAGAAGCAGGAGGAGGCAGAGAGGCUGAAUAAAUACAACGACGCGCAGGAAAGGUGGCAACAUUUGGCCAAACAGCUGAAGAAGCAUCUCCAGAGGGAAACGGGAAAGGAGUGCGUUCCCAUAGUGACGAGAUCUUUCACUGGCUCCACGUCUCCAUCGCUCAUUCAGAGGUUGAGCAGCACAACAGAUAUACACCAGAGACGCUCGGACUUCAGCCAAGUCUCAGCCGCAGCAGAGGUUUAAUAUCUUCUUGAGACCCUGAAGACAUCAAGGUUUUCUUUCUCUGUCGCCACCUCUCCUCCUCUGGCUCAGCGCCAGAUACAAAACUAAUUGUCUAAAUGUGACACUAGAAAGAUGAUAAUGGCGGAAAAGAUGCUUGAUCUGUAAAUGUUUUUUUGUUUUUUUUUUUAAUUUACCCAGUGAUUGUGUUCUCUAAAUGUUCUUGUUGUUUCAUUUAUACAUUCAUACUUAGAGUAGUUAUUUGUUGUUAUUGUACAUGUCACCUUUUCUCAGUUAAACUCCAGUCACCACUUUAUCUUUAUUGACACCUUUUAAAAUAAUUCCAGUUGUGCAAUUUGUAUUUUGCUCAUCUGGUUCACAUCAUUUAAACAUUUUAAAAAAUGAAUACCAGUGACAUUUCAAGCUUAUGUUUUAACAUGUUUUAAAAUAACAUUUGAAUCUCAUUAAAAUUAAAACAAGUUAGUACCAGAUUUCU